AUGCAGCUCCCAACCAACCUCCUCACCCUCCUCCUCACCUCCACCUUCCUCUCCCUCAUCACCGCCACCCCCAUCGUCUCUCCCUCCGGCACCAACCCCGUCGACUCCUCCGUCCCCGCCGACGCCAACAUCAACGUCCACGUCGACGACGACCCCAACGACCCGGCCAUCGCCUUCUUCUCCUCCCUCCCCCCUCCCCGGCCCAAACGCUCUCCCAACCCAUCCUCCCCCUCCGCCACCGGCCUCGUCAAAUUCUCAAAGCGCGGCGGCAACAAAGACUUUUGCCGAGGCGGCGGCAUCUUCAACAAGACCUCUGACGGGUCCCCCUGGGUGGACGACUGCAAGAUCAUCAUCCAGAACAUCUCGCCCAACGGCGGGACGUGGCACUACAUGACGGGCACCCAGCGGACGCUGGUUUCACACAAAUCUUGCGCGCUGGGGAUUGAAAGUACGGAUGGGGUGCCGAAGGCGCUGCAGACGCUGGUGGGCGAUCUGGAUAUCACCGAGUGGAUCCAGAAGAGCAUUGACAGGUUUAGGUCGAGUGAGGAACAGGGGAAGGUGGGCAGUUAUGGGGAUACGCAGUGUAUUAGCCAGACGUUUAAGGGGGAUGAGUAUAGUUUGAGGUGGGGGUUGUAUCGGAAUAAGGGGUACUAG